UAUCUGGAGUUGUGGCUGUAGGUGCACAUGGUCAUAAGACUAGUUCAGGUAUUAUGUCAGAUCAACUUUGCUCGAUGAAAAUCGUCACUGGCUCUGGGAAAGUAUGUGAAUUUAGCGAAGAAAUAGACAAAACAGAAUUCAAUGCUGCGAAAGUAAACCUAGGUUUACUUGGUAUAAUCUAUUCGUUAACUUUCCGUGUACAACCGAUGUACAACCUUCGUAAGACUGAUAUCUUCGUUCCAGCAAAUGAAUGGCUCAAUAAUCCACAGAAUAUCAAAAAUCUUUUAGAAUCAUCUGAUGGUAUUAGUAUAGCUUAUUGGCCAUUCAAUGGAUUCAAUCAGAGUGAUCCGAAUCCUCUUGACCCUAAUAGAGAUCGAGUUGCUAUUUCGAAUUGGAUACGAACUGACGAACCUGUGAGCUUCACACAACAACAAUUCAAACAAUCAUAUGAAGCUAAAAGACAGGGUGUUAUUAAGCAGUAUAAACUCAUAAGCAGUAACUUACAGAAUCCUGAUGCAAUUCCGAAUAUUACUGCCACUUUAUUUGGUGGUUUCGGUAAUGCUAGUACUGUUUUUCAAGCACCAGAUGCUAUCCAUUAUGUAGCUAGUGAAGAAAGCGCCAAGUUUGAUUUCGUGGAAAUCGGUUUCAAAAUUGAUCCAGAUUUUUCUAAUGUCGCUGCUGAAUUUUCUUAUGUAAUCCAAACAAUAUAUGAAUUUGCAAGAAAAGGAAAAUUCCCAUUAAAUUAUGUUGCAGAUUUUAGAAUUACAAAAUCAACUGAAGCAUUAUUAUCCUUUAUUUUCAAUAAUGAUCCUGAAAUAUUGUAUUGUCAAAUGGAUUUUGUAUCAGUUACUGGUACUCCCUACUACGAAGAAUUUACACAAUUGCUAGCGCAAAGAUAUUUUGACAAAUAUAAAGCAAUGCCUCAUUGGGGAAAAAGAUGGGAAUUCAUUCCAAAUGUGAAAUCUUAUCUUUCUGAUGUUUUAUCAAAUCAAAUUAAACAAUUUGAAAAAGUACGUACAAAGUACGACCCUGAUAACAUUUUCUUUGAUAAUAAGUCUUUGCAGGAUAUAUUUAGUCAUGCUUUAGAUUCAUAA